UUCGUACUUUUUCUUACAUAUUAUUAUCAUGUACAAGAUCGAGACUCCCCCCAUGUUUCAAGCAAAGCACAGGUAUUUGUAAGCAAACCUUAAACGACAUGUCGUCUUCGCCGUCGUCGUUGACCGUGAGGUGUCUCAGCGAGAUAUCGGAGUCGGAGACGGUGCAUUUCGGAGUCGAUAUCGUGUCGGCGGCGAGACGAAACAUCGGGUUCUUGAGAAGUGUUUACGAGUGCCAGUGGCUUCACCAAAGAGCAACGAUUAUUGAAGCAAUAAGGAGGUAUGAGGAGGUGUGGAUGCCGUUGAUUUCUAAUCUAACGGUGGAAGGGUCAUCUCCUCCUAUGUUCUUGCCACCUUUUGAUGUUGAGUGGGUUUGGUUUUGUCACACCUUGAAUCCAGUUGGUUACAGGAACUACUGUGAGUCAAGAUUCUCAAAACAAAUCGGAAAACCAGCGAUCUUCAACGAAGAAAACGAAGAGUACGCGAUUAUGAGCUGUAAACAGAUCUGGGUUCAAAGAUAUUCAUCGGAGCCAUUCGAAAACGAAGCGGAAUCCGAUGAAUAUUCCAAAAACCCGCCAUUGUUGAUGAACGAAGAUCUUUUCAAUGAAGUCGAAAAGCACAAGCUUUUGUACUCAAAAUUCUCAGAACCCUACCUGUGUGAGCUGAUGCACUUGAUAGCAGCAAGACAAAGAUACAAAGGAUUUCUGUACGUGAUGCAAAGAUUUGGAGAUGAGUGCUUUAGAUUUGUGCCUGCUCUGGAUAUUCUACUGAUGCUGAUGACACAUCAGAGCUACCCGACAGUGUAUGCAGAGGAUAUGAAAGAGAUGUGGGAUUACUUGGGCAAAGUAGUGGGGUUAUGGGAGCCUGUAAAAGAAAAACAAGUAGAAGAAACCAAGAAGCUUUGGGAGAGAACCUUUGAUCAACCUUAUGAGAAAGCUGGAGGUGGGAUUGCUAUGGAUUUGGAUAAGGUUUCAUUGCCCAAACCACCAAUGUAUUGGGAGGUUUCAGAUGUUGAUGUCAACACUACAUACAAGUCCAUGAUCCCAAGGUUUCUCCUCGAGGUUUGUGUUUUCAUGAGGCUCAAUGGUCCGAUGAAAGCAACGGAUGGAGACACAAAACACAAUUUUCUUCGUCUCAGGAUGUUAAGAUGUCAUAGGGAGCUUAAGCUUGAUAAACCGAUUGCCGACUUUUCGUACGACUCGUGGCGGAAAGCAUGGCAUUUGUACUGUGAGUUCGGAACGAAAGGACUUACCGUUGAGUUCCGCGGUCGCGGUGGUCGUUGCUUCAAAGGAAGCAAAUUGCUGAGCUCAAUGGUGUUUUGUUGGAACGAUUUACUAAGGGCACCAACUAUUACAUUGGCGAGAGAGAUUGAACACGUGAGGGUUGUCGCUUCUAUAACUCCCCCGGUUCAAGCACCGUACUUGCUGAAAUGUGUGCCUGAUCGAGUGACGGAUGACUCGGGAGCCAUGAUAUCCGAUGUGAUUCUGAAAUUGAACAAUUAUCGACCCCAGAAAGGCCGUUGGCUGUCUCGUACGGUUCUAGACCAUGCUGGAAGAGAGUGUUUUGUUGUUAGAAUAAGAGUGGGAGCAGGGUUUUGGAGAAGAGGAGCAGAAACUCCUUGUGCGGUAAAUUGGGACGAAAGGAUAACCGAGAUACGUGAAGGCUCUUGGUCUUAUGUUGCUGAAUCUAUCGGUAAAGCUCCUGAGAAAGUUGUAGGAACAGCAACACCAAAAGAAUCUCCAGAUCAAUGGCAGGCGGCAUGGCUGUUUUCGACAGGAGAUGAAUUACUCAUAAACUCGGGAUCAUCGACAUCGAGUUCCGGCCUCAAUUUUUGUCUUAAAACUCGACAAUCUUCGGAUUCAUCCGUCAUGUUGUUGAGGGGACGUAGAAUGCAAUACCAUAUCGAAACCGAAAGCAACGUCGCCGAAGAAGUGGAUGACGGAUUCGUGACUCUUGUGAGGUUCACGGAAGAUAAUCCAACAGGAAGAGCGACGGCGUUGUUGAAUUGGAAGCUGUUAGUGGUGGAACUAUUGCCCGAAGAAGAUGCCGUAUUCGUACUUCUACUUUGCGUUUCGAUACUUCGGACCGUGUCCGAGGUAACUAAGGAAGAUGUCGGAAAGUUGUUGAUACGGCGGAGGUUGAAAGAGGCGAAACUCGGCGCUCGAGACUGGGGUUCUGUAGUACUUCAUUCAUCUUCAUUACCUUCUACCGGUAUUAAUUCACUCUAUUUGCAGCCUUGGUAUUUGAAUGCCAGCAAAGUCAUGGCACAUAAUGAAGAUGACUGUAUUACGAGGCAGCCGGCAUUGAAGUAUUCGCUGGCCGAGGGCGGCGAUAUGCUGUACAAGCGUGCGAUCAUUACAUAAGAAACUGUUGAGUAAACAUCUACCAUUUUUUUAAGCAGUCAAAGAUAUGCACGUAAUUUGCAAGACUAUGUUGUUAAAAAAUGAGUAAAUUUCAACGGAAGUCCCCAAACUAUGGUUCAGAUUUUUGAAAUUGGUUCA